AUGCGAUCUCUUGAUGCGAUGAACCUUCAAGUUGGGGCUUAUCUAUAUGAGGUCAGAUUUGAGCGCUGGAGCAAAACACACUUUUCAGGGCAUCGAUACAACAUCAUGACGACUAAUAUUGUGGAGUCAGUUAAUGCCCUUAUCGGACAUGCACGGGGUCUACCUAUCACGAUGCUCGUAAAGUUUAUUCGUGAUGAAUGCCUUAACUUUGUCAACCUUUGGAUAGAGGAGAAGAUUAGCCGUCGUUUGUCAAAGUCUGCACGCUUAAAGGUUCGACCAAUUACACCUACUCGGUAUCAGGUUGUUGGUUUUGGUGGAUACAUAGACAUUAUGGACUUCAAUGAAAUGUCUUGUACGUGUAGAAAGUUUCAGCUUUCAUGUAUUUCGUGCAAAUAUGCCAUUGCUAUUGCAAGACACAUGAGGCUCACAAAUGUCAAUGCAUAG